UUCGGUCGAAUCGGACGCAAUCAUCGACCCGGCGAAAUCGGCGAAAUCGUAAAGCUCGGGCGUAAAACUUAGGGGUGUACCAUUGGGUGACAUUAGUUCGCGAUAUGUGCCCCAAUGGAUCAAUUGAGAUAGUGUGUGAAGGAAAAGAAAUAGUUCAAUAAUUUCAACAAUUAAUUUCCGGUAUUCGUGUGCAUGUGUUUUUUGUGGCCCUAUCUGUCCCAAAUAGAGCAAGGAAGUGCGUUAAGGUGUGUGAGCAAGUGUGGCCAGGCCCAGCUUAAAUCAUUCAAUGAAGUGAGUGGGAAAGUGAAGUGAAGAUAAAAAAAAACACAUUAAGAUUAUAAGGCCAAAAAGGGAGGCGCUUUGUUGGGUGCGCAGCAGAAGAACGAGAAUAAUGUUUUCUCCAGGGGAUACCGAAUAGCUGUUUAGAGAGGGGGCUGGUGGACGGUGAACGGCUCCCCACACCCGAAGGACGGUGAUAUACCUUGAGCAGUGAACGGCAGCGAAGAAGAUGUUAUUCGAUUAAAUCGAGCGGAAAGUGAUUUGAUAAAGCCAGUCACGGGAGAGCGGCAACAGCGGAAGCGACCAACAAGACCAGUGCUAAAAAAAAAGAAAAUGGGUAGAAAAUUUUCACGUACCGAAUAAAAUCUGUUUCCAGAAGGGAAAGAUUUUCCACCAGCUCGGUGUGAAAAGGACAUCAUCCGCAGACAGUCUAGUCAGGAGAGUGUAGUGCGAGCAGAGCUGCUCUAAUUGCCAAACCGGAAGGACUUCAUUACUGUCGGCAGAGUUCUUGGCAGCGAGCCUUUCUCGGACUUUCUUCCAUCGACGCAUUCAAUCAAAAACAUUCCGUGACUCCCGUUCCAGCACCAUCAAACAGCAAAGCUUCUCCAGGUGACCACCAAUCUCGCUCGCAACCACGCAUCAAAUCCUCGGUUUUGUCGAGCAUUGAGCAGCCAAACCGCAAAUGAAACCGUUCGCACGUGCUGCACACCACAAACCGGUGCAUAAUUAUCGGUUCCAUUCAUAUGUGCGCUUUUGCCUGCUUUAUGUGGUUACAGCACCGAUCGAAAGUGAAACACGGUGACUGACACCUGUGCUGCGAGUGUUUUCUGAACCAGUAUGCAACUGUGCGGUGCUUUGUUUUAAUUUUUAUGCCGUGAAUCAACACCACAACCGGAGUGGAAGUAAUUGUAGCUAAAGCGUGACCAGUGCAGUUAGUGUGCAAAACAGUGGUUGCAACGAUUCUACCGAAAAUUACGUAGUUACUAUAGUGUUACAGCUCGUUCAUCAUAACGCUAAAGAACCAUAAUGAAUUUCAACAUAUCCACCCAUGGGUCAGCACUGCUCCUCGUGCUGACCGUCCUGCUCACCGGAACGAUACCAGCCUACGCCAGAAAGUGUCCCGACGAUUGCCACUGUGAUCUUGACCUGAAGGGACGGUUCCGGACCGUCUGCAACAAAGUGGAGUGGAUAAAUCCUCCAUUGCCCUCCUUCGAGCCUGACAUCGAGGUGCUUGUCAUCUCGAACACGCGCCAUCCAAUCAACGUGGGACCACAGUUCCAGUACUUCAAAAAGCUGGAAAUAUUACGCAUCAUCGAUGCAAACGUACCGUCGGUUGGCGAUCGGUCGUUCUGGGGCUUGGUGCGGCUGAAGACGAUUGAUCUGUCGCGCAACAACAUUACCCAGCUGGCGAUGGAGAACUUUCGCGGGCAGGAUAAUUUGAUCGAGCUGGAUCUAUCGCGCAACCGGCUGGACAAUAUCGCUAGUGGAACGUUUGCUCAUUUGAAGGAGCUUAAAACACUACACUUGAUAGACAAUUCCAUUACCGAGUUCAACCAACGGUUGUUUCUGCAUCUCGCCAAGCUAAAACAUCUGGACCUUAGCUACAACUCCAUCGACGAUCUGCCACCGGAAGUGUUCAAGGAUGUACAGGAUUUAAAAAUACUACGAGUGCGAGGAUGCCGCCUGUCCAACAUCAAUCCCCAAAUAUACAAUAUCCUAUCCCAUCUGACGGAGCUGGAUCUGGGACAGAACCAGAUCAAAUUUCUUGACAAAGAAGAAUUUAAAGACCUGCGGCAUCUGCAAACACUGCGCCUCGACGGCAACCAGCUGUCGGUGAUCAUCGAUGAAUUAUUCAUACACCAGAAGGGGCUAACGCUACUGGACAUUUCCCGCAACCGGUUGGCCAAGAUUGCUGACCGAGCAUUCGAGAACCUGGCCAACCUUACCUUUCUGGAUGCAUCGUACAACAAGCUGUCCCACAUUGAGCCGGUCUGCUUUCGUCCACUUCGCAACCUGCAGACGCUCAACAUUAGCGGCAAUAUACAGCUGGAUUUGGGCGAAAUGGAAGAUACGAUAAAUGUUAUAAAAAACAUCACCAGCCUGAUGGUGGCCGAUAUGGGCACACUACCACUGAACCUGUUCAGUCCAUUUCGGCACCUUAGCGCACUCAAUCUGUCCGGAAAUCAUAUCGAUAACUUCACGUUGCAAAUCAUCGAACCGCUGAACCAGCUGGAGUUUUUGGACCUCUCCCGGAAUCAGCUAAACGGCAUCCCGGAACGGUACGCAACCCAGCUAGCCCGCAUCGGCGACGUCAAGCUGGAAAAUAACCCACUGAUAUGCGACUGGUGUCACAUGGGACCGCUCAUAACGCAAACGAAAAAGCUCAAAGAAGGCCUUCGCUGGCAGGAACUCCCCCGAUGCUUCCUACCUGAACGAUUACGCGAGGUGCGCAUCGAUGGCCUCCACCAGGACGGGGUGGAGGAUUGCAUGGAGGUAAUUGUGGACGAGGAUCAUGAUGCCGCCAGCACGUCGCACAACUUUCUCGAGCAAGCGGGCAGUGUUAGCAUACUGGCUGCCUGUGGGCUGAUAAUAUUCAUCAUACUCGCCAUCAUCGUCGUGUCCACGGUGCUCUGUCUCUCGAGGCACCGGGCGCGCUAUUACACGCACGAGGAUAAACGAGACACAAUCCUCGAGAAGAACGGCGAAACGCCGGUCAUAACGACGGGCAGCGAGAUCAACUUCAAGUUCCCGUACAACGAGCGUGUCUGCACGAUCGACGAAAUGUGCAUCCCACCACCGCCACCACCACCCGGCAAGCUGGCCCCUGCCAGCAUCGAACGAUUCGAUUAACGAACGGAGCCAGCGAUCCGUAUCGGUGCGGACGGGCUGCUGCCGUCCAGCACGCCCGAUACGGUCGCCGAAACCGUCGCGCUGAUCGAGCUCCCCGCCAGCAAUGCUGGCGGUUCGCGGGACUCACUAUCCGUCACCGAUGGGCCAGUAACGCGAACCGUCACCAUCAGCAGCAUAUCGCAGUGUGCCGACGUACAGCCUGUGAGCGUACCGACGAGCAGCGGCUCUACCGCGAAACCCUUCACACCGAAGAGCAUUCUAAGAAAGCGUACUGAACCGGGGCUAUAGGAUGGUGAACGGACGGAUGAAGUAAUUUCCCUCUUUCCUUUCCCACUGUAAAUAACUCCACCCAUCCGGAACGGUUCCUGCCGGUCCACCCGGAUGCGGUUUCGUGCGACAGGUGAAUUUUAUCCAUUAAGGAAGCAAGCCCUCACGCCCUUUUAUCUCUCCGUACGAUGAUACGAGAAAACACGUUUGAGAGUGGAUGAGGGCACGUGAUUAGUUAUUAAUUAAUAAUCGUGCGGGUUUUAACCGAUGAGGUUGACAGAUUAGAAAGAUUCAACGAACCGACGACAGGGUGAUGUGGUGUCGCCCUGCAAACAGGUGUGGCGUGACGUGUGCACGUUAUAUUGACGGUGAAUCCGAUUUGUACAUACUUCACAAUCACCACAGCAUAAACACACAUACAAACAAACACAGACACACACAUACAUACGCACUCCGUUUUUCCUCAGGAAAGAGAUUUGACGGUCUUGCGGGUACGGGUAUCAGGGGAGUUUUGUGUCGAAUAAUUCUUUUGUUAGCUGGCAAAAACCAGCAUCGUCAGUUCCAGCUAACUGUAAAGCCUGUGCCGCUGAGCGUACGAUCCGCACUCGAGAUUAAUGAUGUUAGGUUUUGGGGAAAACCUGGUUAGAUUUCCCCCUGCUCCAGUGCCAGUUGCGGCUCAACAGAUGCCCCGGGGGAGGGUCUCGUGCUCCGGCAAGCGCCGUUGGUUUAAGCCGUUCUACUCUCCAGCCGGCUCCUCCACGGCUCGAUGGCACCGUGUCACGAUGACACAUCAUGAUGGGUUUAUAAUUUUACUACCAUCGCAUCCCCUACGUACUGAGGUUUGUGGGUUUGUGUCGGGAUUACAGCCUCGUUCACCUGGCAGGAAGCUGUAUCGUUGCACGACGAGAACAGAAACCGUAAUAACCUUUCCAUGCCAUCGUGAUCGGAUUUUAGCAGUAACAAAAGCCAAUUCCAGUUCGUCGAGAGCCUUUUUUCUGUACAUUCAAUGUGCUUGAUUUCUCUAUUCAACCACAAAAUUUGUAAUCUCCAGUUUGCUAAGCGUGUAAUAGAAUCUGUCAGCAGCAAAACUAGCGCAAAAAUAAUCACAAUGACAUGCACAUUCUUUUGAAAACGCAAUCAAUUUACGCAAUACGCUAUUGGACAGUAAAACGCAACGGCGUUGCAAUAACUAAAAACACCCAAAAAGAUACAAUCAAACCACAGCGAACCCUUUUAGGCCGCGGUAUGGAAAUAAAAUCCUACACGAAGUCAAUUCACGCGUUGAUCUAUGAACAGGGAAAGAGAGAUAGAGAGAGAGAGAGAGAGAGAGAAAAUAAAAGGACAACCGCGUUCGGGAUGUUGGCGAUACUGUCGUUAAAUAUAAAUGACACAGGGCACGUAGUAAAAAUUGCCCUUUUUGUUUUGUUUUCCCGGUUUCACAAAACUCUGCAGCUUAGUAACUUACAGAACGAAAAAAAUCGCAUGCUGCCGAUUCUAUUGGCAUUUUGUGCCGGCUUGUCAACAUAAAACUCCGACACAGUAACCACAAACAGUGGGUUGCCAGGGCGAAUCGAGCUUAAGCUUUCCUGUCGACAUCGGUGAGGACGACGACGAUGGUGAUGAUGAUGAUGAAGUAGAAAGAGUGAAUGAGAGCUACAAGGCAACAAGAACAGUAGCUUUUUUGCUCAGCCAAUAUUUUAUUUUUCCAUAUACAAUCCCGCAAAGCUGGCCAGUGGGGUAUGGGUGCUGUUUGUUUUUAUUUUCUAACCGCAUAACCGAACUGCGUACCCGGUUUCAAAACACGGGGAAACAUGCUUGUUUUUUGUCCCUUUUGUUGGUGUGUGCCGUGGUCGUAUUCAGGUAUUGUGCAUACCGCCGAAGGAAUGUGUAAACGGGAGUAUUGCAAUCCUUCUAUCAUUGCGUUUUAUUUUGGGAUUAAAAGCACUUUUCUAUUUAUUUGCCCGAUGGUGCGAGUGGAGCACAUUUAUUACUAGUGGCAUGUACAAACGUGUUACAUAAAUCAGAGACAAAACGGUGAGCUCUGGCGUGAAUCGAGCUUACCGAAGCGUUGGCGAACUAUCGAUUCACCCUUUUGAAUCCAUUGAUCUAACAGGGAAGGAUUCUUAUGGUCCGGUAAACAGGCCGAUACAGGUGCUGUGAAGUAUUUGGACAAUAUUUGCACGUCGCUGGAUUUCAUGCUCACUUGCUCCAUGAUCGUAACAUGGAAAUGUGGUUCCAUAACCAAAGGUACUCGUAGGGCAGCCAACAACCAUCCAAACACGAGCUCUCUUUGCUUUAUGUUAUCGUGCAUUUGUCACCGCUUACAUUACAACCGUUCAUAUUUAUAACCAUGUUGACAACACUUUUUCAGGAUGUUCUUCAUUGCAGUCUAGCCGUUUGAUUCAAUUGACUUGACUUGACAUCAAACCGAUAGCAACAAUAACAACAACAGCAAAAUACAAUGUCCCCAAAGCGAAAGAUAUUCGCCCUUCCCCUACGCAGCCAUAUCCAUUCACCCAUAACACACUCAUAAAGCAACAUUAGUGUCAUCGUUGCUGUAAAUGAGAAUCGUCUGGAGGGUGUGGUUCACACAUUCUGCCAGUCCCCUUUAACCGACACGCCCUUACCGAUGCUAAGGGCAAACACACAUUUAGAAGCAAAUUGAGAAGAACAAAUCGUUUCCACGCAAAAUCAUUAAUCGUGCUUAAAGCUGGCCGCAUUUCGCACGGUUUGUUUGGGCGGGAACAGAUAAGGCUGCCAUUUUCGGUCAAGAAAGUGUGUCAACUACGGAUGAAGCUUGGUAAUAGCAUGGUUUUGAUGGCGUACAAUCAAGGUUAAUAUUUUGCUUCAAAUUCAUAUUAUGGCAGCAUGAAGAAGAUGAAAAAAUUGCAAUUUUUUUACCAUUCCUUCUGAUUUGUCAUUGGUAAUUUUAGAACAAAAUGAUUUCGUUUUAAAACGACACUCCUUUUUCCACUUUUCGGCUCAACUUGAUUAAAAAAUGAUUUUUUACUUACUUAUCAACCACCCGGAAAAGUAUACAAUGUGAUGGACAGUAGUACACUUUUAGUAAAAAAAAGUAUUAAAAUGUCUUAUCAUCCACCCGAACGACGAAAGGCGAAUAAUUUCACUCCCGCGGGUCAAAUCAUUCUUUGACAGCCCCAUGCAUUCCACACUUCUUCAUUAACAAUUUGUAUCCAGUGUCAGAUCAGCUUAAAAUAAACCGCUCAUAACUUCCACCAUCAUUAUCAUUGCGCUGUAAACCAUCUCCCACAGCCCGCUUUUGAAUAUAAAAGCGUAAUCGUCUACGCACCAGCAACAAAGAGCUACAUUCGGAGCCUAGAAUAUCAAAAAUUGUUGCUCUAAACUUCCAUCACAGGUAAUGCAGGCCGGCAUGACGGGAUGAAUGCGUGGAAUUUGCUUCGCACGAAUUCCUUCCGCGAUCCAUACGCAAAUUUAUCAAACUCAACUGCCCCCAGCCCACACCUCACCCUCGAAGCGCGUUGUCGUUGUUUUCCCAUUGACUUCCGGAUGCAAAGGGAAAGCUCUUGGAUUUACUAAUGAAUUCCAAAUGUGAUCCCAGCGUACUUCGUCGUUCUCGUCGCCCUGCUUCACUACCGGUAUGGGGAAUUAAAUUUAUCAAAAUAUUAAUUCACUCGCUUUCGACGUUGAUCUGCGUUCCCCUGGGUUUUCCUUGCCCAAAUAUUGAGCGGGUUGCUUAAUUUCGAAAUUGCCACCCUGCUCCUUUUUUUUAACAGAAAAAAGCUCCCUUUCCGCUUUUGCUAAGAAUUACUGACGCGCCGAAAGUUGAGGUAUAAUUAAUUACCAUGAUAAAUAUUCACCUCCACCGUUAUGGUCCCGUUUCGCUGCCAGUUUCUCUGUCUCAUUCCUCCACUUCUCCUCACUUCCACGUGAAAUCAACCCAUCACACAUCAUGAGGGUGAAAACAGUAGCGUUGAAAAGAAAAAAGGAUUGUGCGUUGCGCAUCAAGCGUAAAGCGGAAAGUGAGAGUAAAUUAAUGAUAAACAUAGCCGACGCGCCGCACGCUUCCUUACCGCGUGAGAUCCAAAAUUACCUCAAUAUCAAAGAGAAAGAGGUUUUUUGGAGCCCAAAACAUAGCAUUAUGAAGCCACUAUCGCCCGCAACGGUAGCCGGCGUGGCAUGGUUAUGAAGACAAAUUUCCUUUCAGAGCGCGGUUUAUUAAACGAAACGCAGCCAGCUAAUACGGUUGCUCGGUGUUGUGCGGCUUGGCUAAUUUAGGCGUCAAAACAGUGGGGACUGCACCAGUACGCUUUAUUGACGACCUAUGGAAAACAACUUUUGUUUGGCAUUUUGAACGGGAAUGUGUGGCUUCGACGUUGAGCUGCGCAAAAAUUAGAGAAGAAUGUUGCUAAGUUAGUUUCAUGUCAUACAAUUUAUUCCCUUUGAGUUUCAGUUUUUUUUUUUUAUUUGCAGUGCUUAAACUCGGUUAAAUAAAGCGAACAUAAAUGUUGCAUAUUUAAAUUCAAGCCCGAUUGAAAACGUUUUUCCCGCUUUGCAAUUAUGUUUUUUAGAGCUUGUGUUUUUCCCAACCAACAAACUUUUAUCACCCGCGGCACAGCCGGCAAACAUUCCAGCAUAACUUGUCUUUUUGUUGUUGUGUGCUGAUGUUAGUAUGAGUACUCCAUAAUUGCUAUCCUGAAACACAAAAUUAAACCCAACCCAAUGGAAAAUGACUUUCCCAAGCAAACCGCUUCCCGGCUCCUCUGGCUUAAGGGAUUAGACUGGUACUUUGGCAGUUGAGACAUGCAGUUGUGUUUGGAUCACAACAACAACAACAAACAUUUAGUAUGAACAUUUUCCAAUGAAAAACAAACAAACAGGCGCAACACUCACCGAACACUCAACGCAUGAGUCGAGGAAAUAAAAUGGGAAGUGAAAGAUUAAUCCAUAUCUCCAGAAAUGAGGAAAACGAGUGCUACAAACCAUAAAACAAAACAGAUAAAAAAACGUUAGGGAACUACAUAUUUAAGAAGAAAUGGACAAACAAAGAGUUGCAGUUUGUUAAGAUAAUUUUAAAACACUCGGAAAGCGAAUGGAAAAGUUUCCUUCCUGGAACAAACAAUAUAUUAUGUAAUGACACAAAACCACAUCCUUAACAUAAGUAGCGUUAAGCUAAGUAGAUAAGCCAAGGUGAGAUGAGAUUUAUUACGAGUUGCGUGUGUGUUGUGAGUGAAUAACCCAUUCAGAUGUGUAUAAUGCGUGUUAGAACAAGAACCUUAAUCCCUACUCCGGCAAAGUGAGUUAUCUUUGCUCCCCCGAAUCCUUUCCCUUAUUCCAUACCUUCCUCAUGUACUAGAUGACGUAGCAAAAUGGAAUUAUUGUAUGGAGCGCGCUAAGCGGAGGAAUCAAACAGACACAAUUAAAAGUCGUGAGCGCGACGAGAAGCAGAACAAACAAGCAACGUGAUUAAGAGCUUGCUCUUGGGUUUCUUUAAACCGUAAUACGAAUGACUUACGCGGCGAUUAACGCGGAUAUGGUUUUAUUUUAAUCAACAGUACAUGGUCCAGUGUGUUUCUAUUUGAACGAUUGUGUAAUUUGUGUAUCAAAGUGUUUAAUAUUUUAAAAUUAAGUUAUCAUGUCUCCGUGAGUAAUAACAUAAGGUUGCCGUAAAACUCAAAAUUUGUAAGCACGGUAUAAUAAAAUGAUGUGCUAUUGUUGACCAACAACAUACAUUAAAUACAGGAAAUAUCUAGCAAAUGCUACAGUAUGCAAUGGCAAACCGACAAACUUUUAUAUCUAAUGUUUGUUUUUCUGGGUAAUUCUUUUUUCACUAUAAUUAUUUAGUUUGCAGGCAAUUUUCGAAAACUAGAAUUGUGAAGGAUUUGUAUUCUAGCUGAAAUCAAAAUAAGAAUGGGAAGGCAUGUUUUGACAUAGGCGACAGGAUCGAGCAUGAUGGAGGAAACAUUAUUACAAUAAUAAAAACACUCACGCCCGAUACCACCAUUACCACUAUAUGAUGGUAUUUGUAUAAGAAA